GCAAGUCGUCCCUACUGUCUCAACCCGAUCUUCUUACAAAUUUUGACAGGAUGGCAGCGGUGGAUAAGGACUACACAGCCCUUCAGGAUGAAAGGAAGAGGGCAGAGGGUGUUGCUGCAGACUUGCAGCACGCAGUGUUCGAUCAGGAGCUGUAUGGUGGUAGCACUGAGAGAUUCGCUGGCUAUGAUCGGUCCAUCGGUCUCGCGGACACGGAGGAGGAGAUGGAUGAAAGGGAACAGGCUGUCCGGAGCAAAAUGCAGUCCUAUACUGCCCCGAAGUCUGUUAUAGGCGACCUACCUGCAGAAGAUGGUGAAGAUGCAUCAGGAUUCAAGCGGCCAGGUCGUAUCACAGACAGGGAAGACGACUACAGGCGCCGGCGGCUACAGCGGAUGCUGUCACCCUCGCGAAAUGAUGCGUUUGCGAUGGGCGACAAGACGCCGGACAACAGUGUGCGGACGUAUGCGGACGUCAUGCGUGAACAGCAGCUGGCUCGCGAGCGGGACAACACGAUGCAGAACAUUGCGGAUAAGCUGCGCAAGGAGGAGGAGGAGAGAGAGCUGGAUGCGCGGCCCACCAAGGCCUCCGGCGUGCAGCUGCCGCCGCCUCCCGCGCAGCUGCCGCCCGCGGCGACCUCGGCGGCCUCCGGGGAGAAGCGGCGUAACCGCUGGGAUCAGAGCAAUGGGGUGGACGCGAAGAAGGCGCGGAUGUCGGAGUGGGAUGCUCCGGAGGCAACACCGGCAGUGGCGCGGUGGGAUGCGACGCCGGCGCGGCCGGAUGAGUUUGGGGCCACGCCGGGCAGGCAGGGCAGCAGAUGGGACGCCACACCUACUCCAGGCCGCACCGGCUCAGAGGCCACUCCCAGACGGAACCGCUGGGACGAUGCCACUCCCACCCCGGGACGGGUGGAUGGUGGAGCUACUCCAGGGUGGGCAGCAGGGGAGACACCGGCAAUUGGCGCGACACCGGCCGGCAAGCGGGGGCGGUCUCGCUGGGACGAGACGCCCUUGAAUGUGGGGAUGGCGGGCGGAGCCACGCCGAUGAUUGGCCAGACCCCCAUGAUGGGCAUGACACCUGCCAUGACCCCUAUGGGCGGCAUGGACAUGCCCACACCCUCCCCCAGCAGCCUGGGUCCUUCUGUUCCCCUCACCGCUGAGCAGUACCAGACGAUGCGGAUGGAACGGGAGAUUGAGGAGAGGAACAGGUUCUUGUCAGAUGAGGAGUUGGACGCCAUGCUUCCCACCGAGGGCUACAAGGUCUUGGAACCUCCUGCAGGGUAUGCACCCAUCAGGACGCCAGCGCGCAAGCUGAUGGGGACGCCGACGCCCAUUGGGGGCACCCCACUGUACCACGUGCCGGAGGAGGAGCAUGGGCAGAAGUUUGACGUGCCCACUCAGCUGGAGGGCCUGCCCGAGCUCAAGCCAGAGGACCACCAGUACUUUGGCAAGCUCUUGAAGGAGGUGGAGGACGAGCAGCUGACAGUGGAGGAGAUGAAGGAGCGCAAGAUCAUGAAGCUGCUGCUCAAGGUGAAGAACGGGACGCCCCCGCAGCGCAAGUCCGCGCUGCGCCAGCUCACCGACAAAGCGCGUGAGUUCGGGGCUGGCCCGCUCUUCAACCAGAUUCUGCCCCUGCUCAUGUCCCCCACCCUGGAGGACCAGGAGCGCCACUUGCUGGUCAAGGUGAUUGACCGCAUCCUGUACAAGCUGGAUGAGCUGGUGCGGCCGUUUGUGCACAAGAUCCUGGUCGUGAUCGAGCCGCUGCUGAUCGACGAGGACUACUAUGCGCGCGUGGAGGGACGCGAGAUUAUCGCCAACCUGUCCAAGGCCGCUGGUCUGGCCACCAUGAUCGCCGCCAUGCGGCCUGACAUUGACAACAUUGACGAGUAUGUGAGGAAUACAACAGCGCGCGCGUUCAGUGUGGUGGCAUCUGCGCUGGGCAUCCCUGCGCUGCUGCCUUUCCUGAAGGCCGUCUGCCAAAGCAAGAAGAGCUGGCAGGCGCGGCACACGGGCAUCAAGAUUGUUCAGCAGAUCGCCAUCCUCAUGGGCUGCGCCGUGCUGCCCCACCUAAAGUCGAUGGUGGACAUCAUCAAGCACGGGCUGACGGACGACAACCAGAAGGUGAAGACCAUCACUGCGCUCACAGUCAGCGCCCUGGCCGAGGCCGCCUCGCCGUACGGUAUCGAGUCCUUUGAUGAUGUGUUGGCGGCGUUCCUGAAGGCCAUUGGGUGCAUCAUUCCCCUCAUGGACGCCAUGUACGCCUCCUACUACACCAAGGAAGUCAUGGUGGUGCUGGUGCGCGAGUUCCAGACGCCUGAUGAGGAGAUGAAGAAGAUUGUCCUCAAGGUGGUGCAGCAGUGCGUGGCGACGGAGGGAGUAGAGCCGACCUACGUGCGCGCCGAGAUCCUGCCGGAGUUCUUCCGCAGCUUCUGGGUGCGGCGCAUGGCGCUCGACCGCCGCAACUACCGCGCGCUCGUUGAGACCACCGUCGAGCUCGCCAACAAGGUGGGCUGUGCGGACAUCCUGGGGCGGAUUGUGGAGGAUCUGAAGGAUGAGAGCGAGCCGUACCGGCGCAUGGUGAUGGAGACCAUCGACAAGGUGGUGCGCGACCUGGGCACCGCUGACGUGGACGCCCGCCUGGAGGAACUCCUCAUCGACGGCAUCCUCUACGCCUUCCAGGAGCAGGUGAGCGACGACGCAAACGUGAUGCUGAACGGAUUCGGCACGGUGGUGAACAGCCUGAAGAUGCGCGCCAAGCCGUACCUGCCCCAGAUCUGCGGUACCAUCAAGUGGCGCCUCAACAACAAGUCCGCCAAGAUUCGCCAGCAGGCUGCUGACCUCAUCGCCCGCAUUGCCGUCGUCAUGAAGGCAUGUGAUGAGGAGAAGCUGCUGGGCCAUUUGGGUGUGGUGCUGUACGAGUACCUAGGAGAGGAGUACCCAGAGGUGCUGGGGUCCAUCCUGGGAGCGCUCAAGUCCAUCGUCAACGUCAUCGGCAUGACCAAGAUGACGCCCCCCAUCAAGGACCUCCUGCCGCGCCUCACCCCCAUCCUGAAGAACAGGCACGAGAAGGUGCAAGAGAACUGCAUCGAUCUUGUGGGGCGCAUCGCGGACCGGGGGGCGGAGUUUGUGCCGGCGCGCGAGUGGAUGCGCAUCUGCUUUGAGCUGCUGGAGAUGCUCAAGGCGCACAAGAAGGGCAUCCGCCGCGCGACCGUCAACACCUUUGGCUACAUCGCAAAGGCGAUCGGCCCCCAGGACGUUCUGGUCACCCUGCUGAACAACCUGAAGGUUCAGGAGCGGCAGAAUCGCGUGUGCACCACGGUCGCCAUCGCCAUUGUGGCCGAGACCUGCUCCCCCUUCACCGUCCUGCCCGCCCUCAUGAACGAGUACAAGGUGCCGGAGCUGAAUGUGCAGAACGGCGUGCUCAAGGCGCUGAGCUUCCUGUUUGAGUACAUUGGCGAGAUGGGCAAGGACUACAUCUAUGCCGUCUCUCCCCUGCUGGAGGACGCCCUCAUGGACCGUGACCUGGUGCACCGGCAGACGGCGGCGUCGGUGGUGCAGCACAUGGCGCUGGGAGUGGCGGGGCUGGGCUGCGAGGAUGCCCUGACGCACCUGCUCAACUACGUGUGGCCCAACAUCUUUGAGAUGUCCCCCCACGUUGUCAACGCCGUCAUGGGCGCCGUCGACGGCUGCCGCCUCGCCCUGGGCCCGGCCGUCAUCCUCAACUACCUCCUCCAGGGGCUAUUCCACCCGGCAAGGAAGGUGAGGGAGGUGUACUGGCGCCUCUACAACAGCCUGUACAUUGGCGCGCAGGACGCGUUGGUGGCGUGCUACCCGCGGCUGGAGAAUGAUGGCAUCAACCCCUACGCCAGACAAGAGCUGGACAUAUUCAUUUAGACUCUGCGGGCGUCUGCAUGUGUCUUUCCAUACCCGUUUGAAAUUCUUGUUGCUGCAGUCACCAGGGUCGUUGCACGUGUGAUGACUGGGCAAGCCUGGCCUUGCAAUCCUAAUAGCGGGUUUUUCUGGGGCUGUGGCGGCGUGUGUACAAUAUCUCCUCAACUGAGUGUGGUUGCUUGGUCAUGGGAAGAGUAGCAGGUCAAACGUAAGGUUUAGGUUGAGCCCUGCCGGCAAGGAAGGUGAUUUCAACAAGCAAGUCAACUGGCUCACAAACGUGACAUUAGCCGGCGAGGCACACUGCUGUUUUCAAGAGAUGUAAGCACAGUUUUCUGGAACAAUGUGACGUAGUGUAAGGUUGCUCGAGCCUC